GGAAAGAAGAUGCUUUCAGUCGCAAUUACAGGCACUGGGCCAAAGUUUGGGGGACUCCUCGCCCAGUGCUGAGGCUGAAUCCUUCAGAGACGCUUCCCAGAUUCAGAACGAGAUGACGCGAUAUCUCCGCAAAGAGGCUCUUUCUCAAGAAUGCGCCUACAGUCCGGCUAUCGCAACAAUGUUGCAGGAAGUGCUAAACAGCAACUUGGUCCAGUUCUGGACCAGCGUGCAGCUGCUGAAUGACCAUUGCAGCCUGGCCUUGGGCGGAGGGCAGAUCUUCGGUAAGAGCCGCUUGCGCACCAUGACGGCCACCUUUUGUCCCAGGGGCCUCACGGGCAAGGAGUAUCCCUUGCAGGUGAGACCAACUGAGGAGACCGUGAAGGAUGUGAAGCAGAAAAUCCGUGCAGAGUACUGCAAGACGUGUGAGGUGAAACUCUGUAGCACCUCAGACGGCCACGUGGAGAUGGAUGAUUCGCAGCUCUUGAUGCACUACAACUUGGAUCAAGAGUUCACGGUGAUCCUGGUGGACGUUCUCCACUCCAACGAGCUGGCGCAUUUGAGCUUUGAAGACCCAAAGAGCCUCGCCUUUGACUCCGUCACCCAGAAGCAUGGCUUGGUCUUGAACGCUUUGCGUGUGGAGGCCGUGAACGUCCGUGGCAAAGCGGGGGUAAACGUCACAGAGACUGGGCGUGGAGUGAGGUCCGAGUCGCGCACAUUUGCGGAGAUUUUGGCUUUGUUUGCGGACGGUGAUGCGUUUUCAACAGCGUUGACUCCGGCUGUACUUUGCCUUGAGUCAUGUGGUCAAUAUCGCGACUACCCGGAUACCACGGUCAAACCGUCUCUCCCUGAGGUUGAGUUGGACUUCAGCCCAAAAGCUGGUCCUUUGGUCCUUCAUGGUCAGCAGGUCCUUGCGUCUCAACCUCCAAUGUCUCUCGUCACUGUGAAUGAGGACGAAUUUGAAGAGGAAGAGGACUACUCAGAAGAGGACGUGGCGGAACAACCUUCCCGACCUUCAACCACCAACGGCCCUGGAUUCGCUUAUCAGCAGCCUGAUCUAGCAGCUGUGAUGGAACAGUUGUUAGCAUCUGCUCGUACUACGACCACUACCGCCGUCACUUUUGCUUUGCCUGUAGCGCCCGAUUUUAAGGCUGCUCGUAGGCUGGCGUCGGAUCCUCCCGCGACCCGCUUGACUUCUGAUCUUCCGCGUGCUAAGCCACGUGAGAAUUUAAAAUCUAAGUCAGGUAAGGGCAAGCCUGAACAACACGUGGCUCUGGUGAAGAAGCAAUCCGUUACAAACGCUCAAAGAGCUAUCGCUGCCCUUUUGCAAAUGGCCGAAGCUUCGGAGACUUCUUCGACUACUUUGGAGCUGCCUUUGACUUCAGAUCAGGAGGCAGAUGACCUCCCUGAACUGGAGACUGGGGAUGAGAGCACAUCGGAUGAUGAAUCCCGGGAAUCUCCCACGACUUUUAAAGUGGGAGUUCCUAAGGAUCUUUUUGACAAGGAUGAUGCCGCUCAGAAAGCUGCGGGAACUGCCAUGUUUUCAAUUCGUGCCCACGCCAGAAUGGCCUCGACAACAACGUCUAAUCCUCAGGCGCGGAUUGAGAUUCCCCUCACUUUUCAACACUGGGAGUACAUCCUCAGGGUUGCAAUCUCCCUAAUCAUCACCACAGUCUUGGUUGUGCUGAUUGCGACUUUGAGUUACAAGUGUCGCCGAGCUGAGUCUGCUCCUGAAGCGCCUCCACCUCGCGUUACUGAGCCCAGCGAAGUCAGUGGUCCUCCCGCGCCCUCAGAGGACAUCGUUAAUGACGUGAGGUUUUUGCGGGGCCCUGGCGUAUCCGUGUACAAGUCUGUCGCGCAAGCAGUGUUUUCGAACUUACCGGAAGACAAUUUUGGUGCGUUUUGGAACGCUUUGCCUGAAGGACGUCCUGAGAAAGCUCGUCUCGGCAACGAAGGUAUUUCCGCUCUUUUGUCAGCUCUUCGUCGAGCUUACAACCCGAAAAACGGAAAUUUGGCCCUUUUUGAAUCCUUGGGCGCUCAUGAGGCGCAGAUUGCGCUCAUUUAUGGCUGCCCUAUUGCUCACCUGCUGAGGAUGACGUACCAUGACGAGAAGGGUGAGCCGGCAGGCAAUUCUUCCGCUUUCAUGGAGUUGGUUGCCAAUCACGCCUCAAUUCGCUCCACUGACCCGAGUGUGGACAAGUCUGCGGCUGCCAUGAUCGACAUUGUGUUGACAGAUGGUACCAGGGCUUCGACUCAAAUCACUUAUUUUCAGCUCGCUGCCGCUUUUGCGACUUCCACAUUGCCCUUGUCGCUGGCUUACAUUGUUUGGAAAGCCAUUGGCAGUGGGACUCGCGUCCAUCAGAAGUUGUUUCUCACAGCGGGAGCUUUGAGCGGCGGUUUGGGCAACUACAGGAACUGCCGUUGCCUGACCGGUGCGAAAGCUGACAAAGCAGCCCAAUACGUCAUGUUUGGCGGGAGUGCUACGGAAGGGGUCUUUGUGGAGGCGCUUGCUGUGCCUAUCGACCCGCGCGUAUGUGACUUCAAAAAUAUGCGCAUGACUCACAUCCUGUUCAACGUGACACCUCAGGAGCCUCUGGAAGAGGGCCAUGAAGUCACGAUGACUUACACGCACAAUGGUUCAUUUUGGCACGUUCGUGCUCAGAACUAUGAUACUUACCAUGAAAAGGAGUGCGUCCGCUUUCAGAACCAGGCUGGCGAGCAAGUCGCCCAUACGCCUGUUGAGGGUCGGGAGUACGUCGGCAUGGUGGAGCGACCUGGUGUCUUCUCCGCGGCAUCGUGUCAGUUCAUGAAUCCCUAUUUUUCCUACACUUUCGAGGAUCAUGGCUCUCUGCCUGAGUCGCACACUGCUCCCAAACCUCCGCACGGAAGCAAGGACAGUGAAGAGCAUCCCUCAAAGAAAGAGCCUGACGUCGAUCAAAAGAAACCAGGCCGAAACGGUGGGCGUGGUAAGAAAAGUGGGAGUGCCAAUCCUGCCACCUCAACAGGUGGUAAACAGCGGUCCGUGCUCAACAUGCUGAUGGCCUGCUAUCUGAGUAGUGGCGUUCUUGGAGCGACACGUGAUCGGAGCUCAUGGGCUUGGCGUCCAUCUGCUGUGCCAGACUCUGAGUUUCUGACUCAGCCCCAGCUCUGGGUCAAUGACGCUCCUGCCGGCGCAGUCAACACGGUGCUGGAAACUGAGAUCGUCGACAAUUUUUUGAUGGUUCCCAUCCGCACCACUAUUGAGAACGGGCUCCAGAAAGGCGGCAUCGCCGCUCUCAUCAGCGAUCUCGAAGCUACCGCGGAUGACUUGCCGCCUGCAUUUUCGAUUGUGAUCAAUGAUUUGGCCGGCGCAGGCACUAGCCGCUUAGCCCCCCUUCGAGCCUUUUAUGUCGAGAUCGGCGCCACUGUGCUUGCUGCACCUUAUCAUAUUUCUGGGGUCGUCCCGAACUUGCGAUGUUAUGGGUUGCUCGCCGGUUGCACUCCGACUGCAGGCACCAUGACCGAAGACGCUGUCAGAGGAAUGGCGGAGGCCCUCUCCAAUAUUCAGUACGAUUUCUCGCGUCUGACCACUCUCGUCAGCUUCAGGAGACUCGCUCCUUCAACUUCUUGGAGAUUGGCGUUGCGUGGACGUGAGCAUCAAACCUUCGCUGUGGUGCGUUCAGCAGUAGGUGGCUACAUUUGGCUCAACGAUCUUUCAUGCGCUAACGUGACUGAGCUGAACGAAGAUGACCCGAUGCCUUCGAACUUCCUGCAGGUGGCCACUUUGAAUCCCAAUCAUUGUGUCACAACUGUGCAUGGAAGAAUUCUGGCAGUGUCUGGAAAAUGGGCCAAGGCGACGCUCAGCCAAGCCACUGGACUCGUGCCGGCAAUAGAGUGUGACGGAAUGUUGCCGUCCUCUCGGGUCAAGCCUUUCACGGAUGGCAACGUUCGUGGUCUUCAAAUGUUAACCCGCGACGUAUCCGCAGUAGCGCCCGAAGAGCGCCCUUCGUGGCGCCUGCAAGAUGGGACAGAAUUGGCAACCAGCCCCUUCAUGGCCAUCGGCUAUGUUGGGUGCAUUGCCGAAUGUCACCAACUUUCGGCUGUGAGAGAGGACACCCCUGGGGCAGUCUCCGGAGAAGGUGCUUAUUACUCGUUCCGCCAGCUUCCACCGCGCUUGUGA